AUGAACGCGAGGAGGCCAAAAUGGGGGCCUCCACAGCAUCUGCUAACAUAGCAGCAUACCUGUGAGAAAGGCAGAGCCUGAAAAACUCUUCAGGAGAAGAUACUAAAGCACUGGCAGAUUGGGAGAAGAAGAAGCACUCCUUCAGGCAUUCAGGACCUAAGUGUUAAGUGCUUUAAAGAGCCCUCUUUGUGCUUCCACACAAUAAAUGAAUAUAAAGCUGUGCAUCCUCGAGGAGGAAGGCGGCCGAAAGAUGUCGAAGGCUGAGAUACGGUAGCUGGAAGAAUUGCCUACCCGUUCAGUACGUGAGAUUGCCGUUUUGACUGUUCUGUUCAUGACUCAUAUGGACAAUGCAAGUGAAUAAGAAGCACGCCGAUGGGCAAAGCGACUCCUCCAGCAUUGGGAGCUUCCUGGAUGACACAGACAGAGAAGUCUGCAGUCUCACCGACCGAGCCUUCAAAAGUCUGUGUGUGGCUGAGCUCGAAUCAUCUUACACAGAGGUCGAUCCAGUUGUUUCACCCAACAUCUCCCACCAGUUCUCGAGCAAAUUUCCCCAAGGCCCAUGGAACCAUGCCAUCAAGAAAAAUACUCUCCCUAACAAGGGACUGCCAAAAACCGAGGAGCAUUCAACAUUCCAGCAGUUUCCAAACGAUACCCAAGAAGGUCAAAACGCCACUAUUAACAUCACCCCAAGCAUUAGGAUGAAGAUGGGUUUGCCAGUGCCUAGCCUGCACAAUUAUAAACAUACCUCAAAAGUUUCCUCCUUGAUAAAGACCUUUGAUAAAGCUGAGAACCGGGAGGCUUCAGCAACAGCCAAGCAACCAGUUAGAAACAGUUUGGCAAAACUCCCCUUAAUUUGCGGGGGCAACAUGGCUUUCUGGGGUGGCAAAACCAUUUUAAACAUCCAGAAGGAACUCUCGGAGUUUUCCGAGCCAUUCCAGGACAUGGCAAAUGCAAGUGGGAGGCCCGAACUGCACGAACUGCACAGAAGGCAGAACAAAAUGGACUUGGCCUGUCACGGUCCACGUGGUUUCUAUCGUCAGGCGGAUGCUUCAAAUAUUCGAACGUCCAAUGCCACCGCUGUCUCGAGAAAGGCGGCAAAAAAACGAACUGGGAAAGCCAAAGAGCCAGCUAGAAAGGGCAGCUUUCUACACAGCGAGAACAGUGCCUUUGAAUCAUGGAAUCUGCAUCAUAAAAAACUUGAGACGGGCGGGCCUACUGAAAUUAUACUCAAAGAAGGAAACCUGACAUACUUUGAAGAAACACCUUUCUUUAGAGAGGCCCGUAUUGGUGAAUGUAAACCAUCUCCCCCAAAGGUCACAGAUCCUGUAAUUUCAGAACAGGAUUUCUCAGGUGCCUUUCCACAAAAACCACUCUCUCCAGCCUCCCUCUCUCCAUUACCUCUGGCCCAGGUGCCUUUUCCUCCUCAGGCUAAUGCUAAAGACGUUGUUUCACAGGUGUUGCCACCCCAAGCUUCUGAUCUGCCGCCAUCUGUGCCCAGGAUUCCUACACCACCAUCCCUUACAUCUGAAACCUCUUUUCCGCCAUCUUCGCAGGUUUCCGAGUCACUGAAGGCUUCCACUCCACCACAAUCUCUGCCUCAGGCCUCUGUUCCACCAGAAGCAGCAGCCCACGUCGUCAGUGCAUUAGCACCCGUGCCUCAUGUUACUGCGUUGUCAGAGAAGGCUAACAAUUCAGAAUUUAAGUCUGAGCUGAAGAAUGUUUGUCCACCUUGGAGGAAACAAAAGAAAGAGCUUGGAGGGACAGAGCUGACCCAGGAGAUUGCGCCAGAAGUGCUAAGAAUGAAGGACUCCUCAUACAAAAAGCCACCUGACGUCACUCCUAUGGUUGAAUCAUCCACAGAUGAGUCCCACGUGGCUUCAUCCGACCCCUCUAGUCCUCCUUUCAACAUCUCAAAACUUUUAACUCCAGUCCUACCACCUAAGCAAGACAGAGAGCCCUCAGAAGGCCAGUCGUUUCUGGUAGCUCCUCCCAUAUCUGAAGCUGGGACUGCCAAAGAAACGGAGGAGAGGACACUCUAUUCUUCUCAGAACAAUUAUAAGUCAAAAGCACCGAGUUUGCUGUUCAACCUGAAGGAUAUCCGAAAACGUGUGAAGAGCACUUACAGUCCCUCCCCUCUCCUAAGAAUCCUUGACGACAAAAAGAUUAAGGAGCAAGACGGCAUGAAAGCAAGUGUCACAGCCGCCAAUACGCUAGAAGGAAGCAAUAAAAAAAUGGUCAAGGCUGACAAAACAGCUCAUAAGCCUUCUGAACAAAUGGACACCACCAAUUCCUUUGGGCAUUUCAUUGACAGCUACCUGACUCCAGAGGACAGUGAGAUGUCAUCUCUGACUGACUUCCACCCAAAUGAGCACCAUGUAAGACAGUAUUCUCCAUCCAACUCUCACCUUGCAGAUGUGCCAACCGACCUAGAAGCACAUGUUGCAAGUUUCCAUCUGCAGGAUCUUAAAAAUAAACCAGUUGCUCCAAGUCACAGUGCUGAGGCGGAACCCCAAGUAUCCCCAUAUUUAUUUUUCACACCUGAAGAGGACACAAACGACAAUGGAAAUCAAGCGUGCCCACCGACUGGAAAGGAACACCGAGGCAAAAGGAGCAACAGCUCUUCCGAACAAUCUUUUGUCUCCGUUGUAGACCAGCCAUUUAAUGACGACUCUUUUUCUCUAAUGCAGCUCUUUCAGAAAGCAUGCCAUCAAGAAAGCCAGAGGAGUAAGAAUGAAUGGAGUGUGGAAGAAAAGCUAUGUAGCAAGGAGGAGGAGGAGGAGGAGUCGAGGGGGGAGAAGCAAUUGCAUGACUACAGUCUGAGCAUCCGUGGCUGUCACACGGAUGAGAAGCAUGAGGACCAGGAAGAGCAAGGUAAAAAUGAGAAUGCAGCGCAAGAAAUAGACGUGAAGGAGAAGAGAGAAGACAAAUGGAAAAGCAUGGAUUCGGCAUCAGAAGCCAAGCUGGAAGGGCCAUUAACACCAACUUCACCAAGUUCACUGAAGCCCAAUAUGUUCAUGAUUAAAGACAACACGUUCAAGUCAUCGCCGGUGAUCAAAGCGGUCAAGUUGCCUCUGCUCAGGUCUUUGUCCUGUGAAGAAGCCAUCACUGGCAGUCACGCGGAAGCUGAAAGACAGACUUUGGGACCCAUUCGUUCUACUCCAAAUAUUCAAGAGGUGGACUUGUCUUUGUCAAGAAACAGAAGCCAGCAGGACGUGAGGGAUGCUGCAACAGGCAGAGAUGCUGAUGAAUCAAGAUCCAUGCCAGGCAGCGUGAGCUGUCAAGUGGUAGGGAAAAGCCCCUUAAUGACAGAAUACACUCUUAGAGAAGGACCAGAGGGGGUCUAUAUGCAGGAACUGGUGGGAGAAGAUGAAGGAGCUAAUAUUGCACCAGGGUUAGCACAGAAAGGUUUGAAAAGCGGCGAGAAACAGUUGGCCAGGGACAAAGAAAAGGCUAGAGCUGGGAAACUGAGGCGUAAUUCUUCCAGCCAACCGAUUCUUAGUUUUGAAGGUGACCCAGCACAAAACAGGCAAAGGUUCCCUGCGAGAGAAAAGGCGAACUAUUUUAAGAACAAUCUCUUAUCUAAACGCAGAGGUGGUUCUUGCGUGAAAAAGAUAAUAAGUCAAGAGGUGAGAUCUCCCACGAUAUCGGAGACACAUUCUCAUGCUUCCAGUGAUGUUUUCCGGGAUACAUCAGCAUCAUCGGGUACCCUAACCAUUUCCACCAUACCAAGCCCAAGGUCAAGCAGUGCGAUGCAAUCUGCCUUCACAAGUCCUUUUUCAGAUACGUCUGCAGUCUCCAAUGUACCGCAGGCUGAAAAAAUAACAAAUUCCUCUUCGUUGCAAGGAGGAACAGAGUGUGGAAAGAGGUCCUCUGCCUUGGAGACAUUUGAUCUGAUGCAGACAGGUCAACUCUCGGGAGAUGCUGGCAGCUCUCCUGUUGCAAAUGAGAGGCUUCAGAUGGCGAAGACAGUAGCCAAGCCCCCGGCUGUACCACCCAAAUCAGAAAAGGCAUUACGGCGGGCAAAGAAACUGGCAAGCAAGAGGAAGAAAACGGAGGCACAGCAGAAAAGGCUACAGGAUGAAGCUCCAUCCCACUGCGGCGAUAUUGCAACUUUGCAACCGGUCCAAUCCUCACUCUCGCCAAUAUGCCUUAAUUCUUCCUUGACACCAUCAGAAUCUCACCUGGUGAGGCUACAACCUGCCCCGUCAUUAAGUCCCACGCCCUCUUUACCUGCCACAACCCAGCGUAAGCUGCUUCAGGAUCCAGAUUCAGGAGAGUAUUUCAUUGUAGAUUUACCCGUUCAGUUUAAGACCUUUUAUGAUCCAGAGAGCGGCAGGUACAUCCAGCUCUCGAUUCCUCCUUCAAAAAGGAACUUGGCUCAAACGCCCUCUUCAGAGAGUGUCCCUUCUUCCUACGUCUUGUACCCCAGCAUUCUCCCAACCAGAGUUGCAUCUGUUCCGGUACAGGCAUCGCCAUCUCAAUUUUCUGAAUCGGCUUCCCUUAUGCAAAGAGCCCUCUUGGAAUCGGCUUCAGACUGCUCACAAGGUGGCCACUACCCAGAACCUCUUGGGAGCCAACCUUAUAUUGAGCCUGCCAUGUGUGAUGUUCACAGUCAUGAAGUGGAUGGGUCACAGUAUAACUUCGAGAAGGACGUGAGCCUCCCCGACAAUGCUGACAUCAUUUCAAUGGGUGCGCUUGAAGAUUUUGCUGUGGAAGGUGUGUCGUGAGAACACAAGGUGCUUGCUAUUAUUUUAGAAAUGCAGACAUAACGCACCUGUAAACACACACACACACACACCCUAAAUAAUAUCGGUACAAAUUUCAAAGGCAAUUGUGUUAGAAGGAAAACUGAGCUGUGGUCUCUUGAUAUAAAUUUGCUGAUGAGAUGAACACCAAAUUGACAUAAAGGAAAAGCAUGGUGUGGCGGUGGCUACAGCUUCUCUUUCCCACUGCUUGAGUGACUAGAAUGAUGGAAAAUAAUGGGCAGAUUCCCCUUUAGAAAACAAACAAGCAAGCAGAAGGCAGCGAUUUCAGCUUGGCACAGCAUUUACGGGGUGUGAGAAUCAAAUGUACAAAUGAGAACUCCCUUUUUUGUACACCCCCCAAAAAACCAAAUUCAUUAACAACCAUGGUACAUUGGAUGUACAAUACAGAAAUAUUUUGGCCUGGAUAUAAGCAGCAGCCUAAAUAUUUUUGCAGAGUGUACAACUGAAGAGUCACUUUGGGACAAACUUUCACAUGCGUGAUUCAUGCCCACCGUGAGCACAUGCUCAGAAAUAUCACUUUGGGAUAAAACUUCAGGUUUGGAAAGUGAGUGAGUGGUUGAAUAAGAUCUGGUUUCUACAUUUUUCAUUGGCACAUGUUAACUUUUCUCUCCCCGCCUCCCAAUUUUUCACUGCUUGUACGGUUUGGGCAACCACAUGUCUGUGCCUAUAAGUCAGAGACAAUGAAGGUGGAAAUUGAGAGUAAUUUCUUAGAAAUGUUAAGUCUCCUAUCAUGAUGGUCUCCAAGCUACAAGGAUUCAGAGCCUCCUCUGUUGUGGCAAAGUAGAUAACAAGAUUUGAGGGGAUGUGCAUCCGUAUAAAGAAGACAUGUCAGAGUUUCCGCUUGAGGACAACUGAAUGCAGUUCUUCAGCAACAUUCUUCCCACGGCGUUCUGGCCUAAAGAGACUAGUAGGGUACAAAUCCAAACUCAGAAUGAACCCUCUUUGUGGGACAGGAACUGCUUUAGAAAGGAGCUACAGAAAAGGAUGUUGUCACGAUGUCAUUGAUAUCUCUUUGGCAUCUGCAAUCCCAUAUAUGAGAACUUUUGGACAGAGGACAGUACCGGGGGAAGAUUUCAAAACAAUUUCUAUUUGUCAUAAUAGAAAGGAUUAACUCAUAGCAGUCAAGAAAUAAAGGGAAGAUCCUUGUCAGCCCAUGCUUUCAUUUUUAAAUAAAGCUAGUUUCUAUCCCUUA